AUGAAUAAAUUUGAUUUAAAAUCAAAAUUAUUCUAUUUAAUCAAUGUAGAAAUUCAAUUACAUAAAAUCUUACAAUCAAAUAUACCAUUUACUGUUGUAUCAGCUGAUCUUGAAUGGUUUGGACCACCGAUUUCACAUGAAAUAAUUCAAAUAUUUCUUGAAUUUUGUGGAACAUCUCAAAUUUGGGUUGAUUUUUUUGAUCGUUUUCUCAAACAACCAAUUUAUUAUAAAUCUAAUGAACAUAUUCGUCAACGUGGUGUACCAAUUUCACAUUCACUUUCUUAUCUAUUUGCUGAAUUACUUCUAUUCGGUCUAGAUCUUUAUAUAUAUCAAAAUACUGAUAUAUUUAUUUAUCGUCUUCAUGAUGAUAUGUGGUUUUUUAAUUCUCAAUCAACUAAAAUUGAACAAGCUUGA